AUGUCCACCGGUAUCGCGUUCGACAUCGUGACAAGGGGCGCCGGAGAAGAGGCUGCUCAAGCAGCAUUCCACAAGUCCACUAUUGAGUCAUGGACCCUCUAUUCGAUUGGUGUUGCCGCGACUAUUCUCAGGACAUAUGCCCGAGGAAGCGCCGUGGGCUUGAGGAAUCUGCGAGCCGAUGAUUACCUUAUCUGGGUUGGGAUUAUAUUCUACACCGCACAGACGGCUCUUGCAUACAGCGUGGGAAAUGUUGCCCACGGUCUGGCCAAUAAUGGUAUGACAGAUGCCCAACGCGCCGCACUGUCUAUCGACGAUCCGGAAUACAGAUUUAGGGUUAUUGGAUCCAAGAUACAGGUCGCCGGGUGGACUACAUAUUCGGCCUUGAUCUGGUCACUCAAGCUCUCGAUGCUGGCAUUUUAUGUUCGACUUACGGACGGUCUUGGACGCCGUUAUCGAGUCCCGGUUUAUAUUGGCUUUGCCCUUGUCAUCGGGACUUUUAUCGCAAGCAUUGUAACAAUCUUCGCGGCAUGCCGACCCCUUCACAAAUACUGGCAGAUUAACCCAGACCCUGGAAGAAAGUGCUUCGCUGCAAUCUCCAAGCCGAUAGUCUGGGUCUCCUUCGCCGCGAACGUCAGCACCGAUCUCUACCUGAUAACGAUCCCAAUUCCAGUCUUAUGGAGCACCAAAUUGAGAUUGGCGAAGAAGAUAGCCUCUACAGUUGUACUCAGCGCCGGCGUGUUCGUUCUUGUCUGCGCCACCCUGAAGAGUAUCUUUGUCCUGGUGGACCCCCUCCACGGCGCAGAGCUAAGCGGCGCCUGGGGCACACGUGAGACAUUCGUCGCAGUUAUGACGACCAACCUACCCAUGAUAUUCCACCUGUUCAAAUCCUGGCUCGGACGCGUUUACGGAAGUGCAUUCAACUCAACCCCGACGCACAAAUACCCUAGUGGAUUCCAGAGUAUUGGUGGCGGGGGCGGUGACUCGCGGAGUCGGAAUCGCCGAAAGCCCUCGAGUGGGUAUCCUACAUCGGGGACCCUCACAUUGACCGAGAGCGAGGAACGAAUGGUCGGCGACGUUAAAAUGCACAACUUGAAGACAUACCCUUCGUCUCCCACUGGAACCAUCGCAAGCAGUAUUCUAGUCUCGAACCGGAUUGAGGUGACCCACGAGGCCAGAUAG